CGUGCCGACUCGUCCCGUCCCGACAAUUACCCUCCGUCGCCCCCGUCCGCGUUCCACAUGGCUUCGCCACGUCCCCCGCCCUGGCUGUUCAAAACAGACGUGUUUGGGAAACGACAAGAGGAAAUCACCGCGGAUGGCUUGCCGGCUACCUAUCGCUACUACGAGGCCCCUAGAAAGCGCGUCGUCAGAAACCCGGCCGACGAUAUAUCGGCUUUCUUAAGGACGGAACUGUCUCUCGGCGGUCUGGCCGACAUGGUCAAGCAUCUCUGGUUUGCUGGCGCAGAGCGUCCCGCCACCCCGCUGCACUUCCAUGUCGCCAUGGGCCGGGAGGUCGCCAUCACCGACCGGAUGGACCUCCACCUGCUCUGGUCUAAUAAAGGGAGGCUCUUCAUCAAACCCGUCCCGCGAUUCCUUCUUGAUCCAGCCUUUUGUCACAGCAACCUUCAGUGCCCUGAUGGUUCGACUUCCACAUCGCCAACGAAACGCGCCUCCUGCCUCGAAAUGAAGAUGACUCGCCAAUCAAAUGGGCAGACUGGAAGGCCUUGGCCGGGAACUCCUCAAGUGCACGAACGCAACCCAGAUUUGGUCCACCCACGCUUUCUGCGCGCCGAGCUCCGCCUCUCCCGCAUCAACACCAUCCAUCGCUUCACCCGCCUCCCUCCCUUCCACCCCUACGUCCGCGGCAGGCACAACUAUAGCAGCCUCUUGCACGAUAAUCUUGCGUGGAUGGCCACUGCCGCUGUCUUCCUGGCCCUGGUGCUGACCGCGAUGCAGGUCGGCCUCGCCACGGAGCGACUCCAAAAAGACACCACCUUCCAGCAGGCGUCAUACGGCCUCACCGUAUUUGCUAUUCUAGGGCCUAUAUGCGCGUUUGGCCUAGUGGUGCUGGGCGCGCUGUUUAACCUCGUCAAUGAUCUACCACUGCUCAUCGGAAGACGGCGCAACCGCGUAGUGCAUGAAACCUCGGGUGAAGUUAGUUACGCGGCGCCCUGA